CAUAAGAAUAUAUUUGAAGUGAUGUGGAGACAUUUGGCGGGACCCGUGGAACACUAUCACAUGGAAACCAAUGCUGCACAUGGACUUCACAUGGACAAUGUCUCCUCUUGUCUCCAUCAAUUAUUUCCUUCUCCUCUUUAAAUGCAUGCUACGAAGGAGGGAAGAGGGGAGCCAAUUUCCUACUAGUUCUACUAUUAUUCUUCAUUCUUCUCCUUCUCUUAGCAUGGAGCUCCAUUAAUGGUUCCAAGCUCCUACAGUGAUGUAUAUGUAAAUUCCCCCGAGAUUAAUAAAAGUUCCUCCCCUUUAGCAUGGCACCGCCUAAAAAGGCCCGUGGUUUUCUCCCGAUUUGGAUUUCCACGUAUAAAUACUUUCUCUCCGCUUUAUUUAUUUAUUUAAUUUCCGGAUUUCGCUAUUCGGUGCGGUGCCGACCCGGUACCGAUUUCAUCGGGUCGGCGCCCCGAAAAAGCGGUUUCCAUCAGAUUUCAAAAAAAUAAUUUUAAAUUUUAAGAACACUAUAAAAACAAUUUUAAAAAGAAAUUUAGAAAUUUUGAUUAAUAAAAGAAACAAAUGAAGGAAAAAAGAGGAAAAAACAAAAAUUAGAACGAAAAAUAAGAAAUGAACAUCAGUUUCCAAUAGACUACCUAUUUCAAAAAUGAUCCUAAAAUGGUUAGAAGAUAUAUUAGUGCAAUAUUUUGAAACUACUGCAAUUUUAUGAGUAAAUUUUGAAAAGAGGGAUUUUGAUUCUUCCCUGUUUACCGUCUUUCUUCUCUCUGUCAAUCUUGUGCGGCUCUCACCAGUAAUCUCACCAUCUCCAUAAAAUAAUAACCGGCCACAAUCUGCGGUUUGCCGAGAGGAAGGUGGAAUUUCUUAUUUAUUUGACUUCUGAAUUCAACCAUAAUGACGGUGGAGGGCGGCGGCGUAUUAUGGCAGCAUGGUGGAGGUCAUUGAGUGUUGGGGGUGGAGCGUUUUGAGGGCAUUGGUGUGGGUUUGUGCUGCAGUUGAUUGUGUUGAGUUGUGAUGGACAAGCAAGGGCAUUAUUGACAUUUUACCCCUGAGGGAGUACAUGCAUUCAUAAAGCAUCUGUAUGAUUUUAUUUCUGGAUGUUCCAGAAUUUUGGGAUUAUCAGUAAGGAAAUGGGUGAAGAAGAUGAGACUUCACAAGUUACUAGAAGAGCCACUAGACUAUCAGCAUCAUCUGGGGCACUAAAAACAAAUGAUGUUGCGCCGGAGUUGAAACCUCGCAUGGUAAACGAUCUUGCUUUUGGGAAUGAAUCCAUUACCUUUGAUGAGUUGAUGUCCAGUUUACCUGGAAGGCAGCCUCAAAUUCGUGAACUUUUGCAUUUAUUAGGGCCCUUGAAUUCCCCGAUUUAUCCACUUUUCAUGUACGGUGGUGCUUCUGUGGGGAAAACAAGCACAAUCCUUCAGACUUUUAAGUAUCUAAAGAGGCCAUUUGUGUACUGUAGCUGCAUAACUUGUUAUAGUCCUAGGAUCUUGUUUGAGUCCGUCUUGAACCAGUUGCUGCUGCACAGAAGAACCGAAAGCAACGGGUAUUCUAGUGCAAAGCGGUGUAGUGAUAGGCCCUCAGAUUUUGUGAAUCUCCUACAAGAAGCCCUUGCUAAAGUUUUUGAUGAUUUGAAGAGGAACGAGGAGAUGCAAGAAUGUAAUAAGAAGUCAGCUCAAAGGAAUGCGAAUGGGAGGAUGAUUUACUUGGUAUUUGAUAAUUUAGAGCUCAUGAGGGGAUGGGACAAGCAUGAGACACUGCCCUUCCUGUUUAAACUCAAUGAUGUUCUGAAGAGGCCAGAAGUGGGGUUCAUCUUUGUUAGUCGGACAUCUCCCGACACUUAUUUCUCUGACAAUGUGGGGUGCGUGGAGUUUGUUGAUGUUUACUUUCCUGAUUACACAGAAGAUGAUCUUCGCCAAAUCUUAAUGAGGAACCAAGCAAACCCAAAGCUGUAUUCAUCCUUUCUAGGUGUGGUGCUGAGAUCUUUCUGCCGAGUCACAAGACGAAUUGAUGAGUUGUCUGCUGCAUUGUCACCACUAUUCAAGAUAUACUGUGAGCCCCUUGAUACUGGUGCAGUUCCUAACCAAGAGAUGACCAAUAGGUUGAUUAAUCACCUCAAACCACAUAUCGGACGAUCAAUGAAUGAGGUCUUCAAAGUGUUGUCCAGACCCUCCUCUGAAACAACUGCCUCUAACGAGACCAAGCAUAAUAAAGUCUUUGAAAGUAAAUCUUCUGGCCAGGUCGACUUUCACAUGUCUGUGUGUGCAAAAUAUCUUCUUAUUUCUGCAUUUAUUGCUUCAAGAAACCCAGCAACGCUUGAUGCCUCCCUCUUCGAUCCAACUGGAGGAUGUAGCAGUCGGAAGAAGAAGAGAAAGGUCUCUCAGAAAUCAGUGGAGCAGAAGGAGAUUACAGAGCAAGAAUCUCUCAUGAAAGGACCAGGCACUUUCCCUUUGGAAAGAUUAUUAGCCAUAUUUCAGUGUAUAACAUCCAUUGAUGAAGAAGAAGAGGCUACAGAAGGGAAGAGGCUGGAGAAUGGAUUGACAUCAGAUGUUCUCUUACAGUUAUCAAGCCUUUGCAAUGCUAAUUUCAUCAGCAAAGGAGGAAGCUGCCCACUGGAAGGCUCAAUACGGUAUCGAUCUUUGGUGUCUGAAGAUUUGGCCCUCAAGGUUGCUCGGAGCCUGCAAUUUCCUCUGUCGAAGUAUUUGUACAGAUGACGUUUGCUUGUUGCCCUCUGCAAAUGUUAGCACUUCACACUCAAUAUAAAGAAGAUGGCAUUAUCGGCAUAUGGGCUCACGUAAUGCCAUCAUCCCUACGAGUCAGACUGCAAGGAUGUCAAACCUUGAAAAGGGUAUUUUGAUAAUGUCUCAUUGAUUGGUGAUUGUAAAACUCUUGUAUGAGAGGAUUUGCAUUAAGGUUUAAAAUUUUAAUAGUGUAGAUUAAUUUUGAAAAUGCUAAAUGCUACUGUAAAAUAGUCUUUUCAAAAUGCUAACAUUAAACUCUAAUGUUGUUGCCAAACAAAUACUCGAAGUGGGA